AUGAUGAAAAUUUUUGUGAAUAACAACGUUGUUCUUUUAUUUCUUGUUGUAAUAAUAACAAUCGACGCUUCGCAUAUAUUUUAUCUUCCCCUGCCGAAAAUACAUCCAUUACAUCAUGAAUUAAAAUCAUCACCAAUCCUACAAGUAGCAGCAAUGACACCACAUAAAAAAAAACCAAUCAGUGAUGAAUUUAUACCAUUAUCAACAAUGAAACGUUACAUGUAUGAGGAACGAGAAGAAAGUAAAAAACGAGAUACCUUCGGUUGGGAAACAUUGGUGGAUAGAGAAGUAGCAGCAGCAGCAGCAAGACAUUUUAUUGACGGUAAGGAACACCCAUAUGAUGAAAGUGAUUUGGAGUAUUUGCUAUCAUUGCAUCGAGAUACACGAAAACCAACUAAUUUAGUAUUAAACAAUGAUGAUAUGGGUGUAGCAGUUAAUAAAAAAUUUUCUCAAUCUAAUGAAAAUUCUGCUGUCAAUCAACCAUGGAUCAUCGAUACUGCUGAUAGUCGAAUAGAAAGUUUACAAUCGACAGCAAUUUUAGAUGAUGCUGAACGAAAAAAACGACGAAAUGAUGUAUUAUUUCUUGUAAUUGUUGGCACGAGCAGUUUAAUUGGUAUUUUGGGUCUUGUUGCAGCAGCUAUUUUCUGGUAUACGAUUCACAAAAGAGCUCAAACAGCAAUCGAUGCUGAAUAUCCAUCAUAUGGAGUAACAGGACCUAAUCGAAAAUUAGCUCAAAGUGCACAAAUGUUUCAUUAUCAACAACAAAGACAACAAAUAUUGGCCCAAGAAAAAACUCACUUCGAUGCAAAACCUGUUCAUUCAGAUGAUUCAGAUGAUGAAGCACCUGGUGGUGGAGAUUAUACAGUCUAUGAAUGUCCUGGUCUAGCUCCAACGGGUGAAAUGGAAGUACGUAAUCCACUAUUUGCUGAACCAGAUGCAUCGUUAACUUCACCAACAUCUGCUUCGCAUCCAACAACUAAUAACCAUUAUCCUCAACCAUCAACAACAAUGCCAUCAUCAUCAUCAUCAUCAUCACCACCCCAAGAGAAAUUACUAUCAUAA